AUGGCUGCUCAAGACUCCUACAUCAAGCUGAUGCAAGCCUACUUCGUUAACUCCCUUCUAGAGGAUGCCAAGUGGGAAGGAAUAACGGACCAAAUUGAGAAAGCUGUGGAAGGCUACGAGCCGUGUGUGAAGGAGAAUUGCAGCUGCCACCGAAGUGUCUGGAAGCAGGACCUGGCUCCUUUUCGAGGUGGCAUUUCCAAGGAGAUUAUAUCGGAUGUAGUGAGCCGGAAGCUCGGGACACACUACCAAAUCAUUAAGAACAAAUUGUACCGUGAGCAGGACUGCUUGUUCCCUGCAAGAUGCAGUGGAGUUGAGCACUUCCUUCUGGGGAUCAUCAACCGCCUCCCUGACAUGGAAAUGGUGAUCAAUGUGCGAGACUACCCUCAGGUCCCCAAGUGGAUGAAACCUAUUAUCCCAGUCUUCUCCUUCAGUAAGACACCUGAAUACAAUGAUAUCAUGUAUCCAGCCUGGACAUUUUGGGAAGGAGGACCAGCUGUUUGGCCAAUUUACCCAACAGGUUUAGGACGCUGGGACCUCAUGAGAGAAGACCUCAGAAGAUCUGCAGAAAAAUGGCCAUGGAUGAAAAAAAUCUCUAAAGGAUAUUUCCGAGGAUCCAGAACGAGCCCUGAGAGAGAUCCCCUCAUUCUGCUGUCCCGAGAAAACCCAGAACUUGUUGAUGCUGAGUACACUAAAAACCAGGCUUGGAAAUCUGAGAAGGACACCUUAGGGAAGCCUCCUGCAAAGGAAAUUCCACUGGUUGAUCACUGCAAAUACAAGUAUCUGUUUAAUUUCCGGGGAGUGGCUGCCAGUUUCCGGUUGAAACACCUUUUCUUAUGUGGUUCGCUCGUCUUUCAUGUUGGAGAAGAGUGGCUGGAGUUCUUCUAUCCCCAGCUGAAGCCUUGGGUCCACUACAUCCCAGUCCAAUCAGACCUCUCCAAUGUCAGGGAGCUGUUGCAAUUUGUUAAGGAAAAUGAUGCCAUAGCACAAGAAAUUGCAGAGAGGGGACGCCAAUUCAUCACCGAGCACUUGCAGAUGGAGGAUGUCUCUUGCUACUGGGAGCAUCUGCUGUCUGAAUAUUCCCAAGCCUUGACUUACAAAGUGAAAAAGAGGAAGAGCUACAGCGAGAUCACUUCUGAACGGCUGAAAACAGAACUGUAGAGACUUACCUGUUUUUCUUUUCAGCUCAAACUGAUCUCUGUGGAAAUCUGAAGAUCAGUGUAUCUUC